UGAAUUCGAAACCCCAAACGCUCCAAGGUUCAUGUGCCGCAUCGCAUCGCAGCAGUAACUUGGUUCGCUAGGCUCCCCAGGAAGAAGGCCUCAACACAUGAGCAGAGUGAGUGCAUUCGAGGCUCCUCUCCGGCCCCGUAGAGCAGGCUAUAAAUACUCGCGCGCGUUCCCAAGAUCACACCACCUUUCCUCUUUUCCCCUUUUCGUCUGAUCCGUGCUGCGCAUCGAUCAUAGCAGUGCAGAAGAGUACUUGAGCUAUCGAGCAAUGCAGCUUUCUGCAAGGCUCUUGGUUCUUGCCAUUCUCCUCGUCGCUCUGCUGCUGUCGUCCUACGCGGAGGGCCAUGACGACGACGACGACAGGCCGUCCCCGCCGUGCUCUCCCGCCGACCGCGCCUCGCUGCUUCGCUUCAAGGCAGCCAUCGCCGUGGACACCACCGGCAUCCUCGCCACGUGGGCCGGCGACGACUGCUGCGGCGCGUGGGAGGGCGUGUUCUGCGACGCCACCACGGGGAGGGUAGUGGCGCUGCAGCUGGAGGCGCCACCGCCGCCGCCACAACAGCAGCCGCGCUACAUGGAGGGCACCCUGUCCUCUUCCCUCGGCGGCCUCGAGUUCAUGGAGGCCAUGGUGAUCCGCGACAUGGGGAGGAUCGGAGGUGCCAUCCCCGAGAGCUUGUCACGACUCACGCGCCUCAAGCAGCUCUACCUCGAGGGCAACAUGCUCGCCGGGGGAAUCCCCGGGAGCCUCAACAAGCUGAGCUCCCUCCAGUACCUGUCGCUCGCCGGCAACCGGCUGGAGGGACAGCUGCCGCCUGAGCUUGGGGCCGCCUCCGGUCUGGAGCAGAUCAACGUCGCCCGGAACCGCCUCGCCGGCGCGGUGCCGCCGAGCUACAAGAAUAUGUCCAGGCUGGCGUACCUUGAUCUCAGCAACAACCUCUUCUCCGGUGUUAUUCCUGUGUUUCUUGGGCAAUUCAAGAACCUGGCCUUGCUGGACCUCAGCAACAACAGCUUCUCCGGUGAGAUACCGGCGUCGCUCUGCGCCUUGCGCAGCCUGACAGAUUUGUCACUGAGCCACAACAAGCUCGGUGGCCAGAUUCCAUCCCAGAUGGGCAGCCUCCAGUCUCUGAAUUCUUUGGCCGUUGACGAUAACAUGCUUGUAGGCUCCAUUCCGUCGUCAUUGCUUGACCUGCACAAGUUAUGGUACCUGAACCUGUCCAGAAACGGUCUCUCGGGUUCACUCCCCACCGGCACACGAAAUGGGUUGCCGUCUUUAGAGUCAAUGGACCUCUCCCACAACCAUCUCACAGGCGGCAUCGAUGAAUUCUUGACAAGCUUAUCAGUACUGGUGCGUGCCAAGCUUUCCAACAAGAACAUAAGCGCGGGCACCUCGCAGAUUGUUCUUCCUCAGAGAGUAGAGCACCUGGACCUGUCAAACAACAGGAUCACCGGCGUGCUUCCAGACUUCGCCGGUGGCGGCUUGAAGUGGCUGGACAUCUCAAACAACGCCAUCGGCGGCCAGAUACCGAGCUCGGUCUCGGAGCUGAGCGACCUGGAGAGGCUGGACAUUUCCAUGAACAGAAUCAGGGGCGCCAUCCCUGAAUCCAUGGCGAGGAUGGCGCGCUUGCAGUGGCUCGACCUGUCGAGCAACGCACUUGUUGGGAGGAUACCGGACAACUUCACAAGGCUGGCAAGCGUGCGGCACGCGAGCUUCCGGGGCAAUAAGCUGUGCGGGCAGAUACCGCAGGCCAGGCCGUUCAAUUUGCUCCCUGCAGCCGCGUACUCGCAAAACCUGUGCCUGUGCGGCAAGCCGUUGCCACGGUGCAGGAAGAUAGGAUGACGCACUAUCACCGUUGCCACGGUGCAGGAGGUGGCAUUGGAUUUAAUGUGCAGGAAGAAUGGGGGAUAAGAAAUAAAGUUCAG